CAUUCCAAUCUACCAAUGUGACACAAUCAUUAAAAAUGGAAAAUAAAAAUAUGCUACUACAUGAUUUUGAUCCAUACUUUAAAAAUGCAGGAUAGAUGUGUCAGUGGUUGAAGGUUUAUGGCUUUUGUGUAACUUCUGGAGUCUUUUGACUUGAAUGUAAUUGCAAAUCUGUGAGUCUGUAUUGAUAAUUCUACCAUUCAAAGGGUUUUUGGGGUUUUGCAUAAAAUGUCAAGAACAUGCAUCUGCUGUGUUCAAUGAGUUCAAAGUGAUGGACAAAUAGCGAUAAAAGAAAGUUCCUUUUGAAGAUGAGUUCCAUUAGUAACCUCCUGCACAGAAGUCAAUCUUGGUCUUCAUUGUGCAGGUGUUGAAUGUCUCAAGGAUUACAGCCAAGUUAUGUAUCUAAGCUGACCUGAUCUGACAGGAGGGCUUAUAUAAAUACUGUUCGGCUCCCUCCUCCUGAAUAAGUGCUGGUCGGGACUUGGAAUUAGGCAUCGGUUACGGCAAGCUUUCAUUUGUGAGACUGCUCGCUGGCUCUAUCUUUGUGGAUCCACUACACAGCAUCAAUGCUUUGAAAAAGAGACAGGGAUUUACAGUGAAAGUGAUACACUUGGUUGACAUAAAUGAUCAGCUGUAGGAAUAAUAUUAUAUGAGUUCUUAUAAUAAACCUCUGUAAUGAUCGAGUUAUCAAAAUAACAAGAUUUUUAUGUUCCCAGAAUUACAGUGGCUUCCCCCUGUGCAUGACCUAACAAGAGUUUAGAGUCUGGUAACAGCUUGAGUACGUUGUCUUUGUGUAUUUCCGUCCAGUCUUUUAAUAGAGCUGAUAGGAUUAGACCUCUUGUGUAAGGAGGCUGCAGUCUGGCAAGGACACUCUUGUCUAUACAUUGAACUUGUUCCUCUGAAGUGCUCUCAUGGUAUUUUAAGGUGGUGGGUUUGUUAUUAGAAAGGAUAAAUCUGGAGAAGGUGUUGUCAUUUUUAAGCAACUAGGGAAGUAUCAAAACACCUUUGGGUUCUGAGCUUGAACUUUUUCAUUGUGCUUUUCUUGUGGCGCGCAGACCCAGCUGUUCUUUGCGAUUGCUUUUUGCAAACCUUUUUUGAAGGACUUUUGAUGUUUGGAAGUUUGAUUUUCCACAAAUCUUUGAGCUAUGGGAGUGCCUAACUCCAGGGAAUACCAUUACUACCAUGCUCCAAGCGCACCUUUUAAGAUCAUAGUAAAAACUCGCAAUGAGCCUCUCAAGAAGGAGUGUCCUAAAUGGAAGAGUGAGUACCCGAUGACAGAAGGACAGCUCAGGAGCAAGAGGGACGAGUUUUGGGAUACAGCUCCAGCCUUCGAUGGACGGAAAGAGAUUUGGGAUGCCCUCAGAGCUGCUGCUCUGGCUGUGGAGUGCAAUGACCUGGAGCUGGCACAGGCAAUAGUGGAUGGAGCCUGCAUUACGCUGCCACACGGUUCUCUCACAGAAAGCUACGAUGAACUUGGCAAUCGUUAUCAGCUCCCGGCCUACACCUUAGCUCCACCAAUUAAUCUCAUCACUGAGACGUCCAGCGACUGCAAAGUGUCUGAUUGCACACAAAAACAAGCUCAGGCCUCACCAUGCAGAGAGGACUUCCAGUUGCGGGUGCGAUUAUCGACAGGAAAAGACGUGCGUCUCACAGCAAGCAUGGCAGAUUCUAUUGCCGAACUGAAGAAGCAGCUGGAAGAACGGGAGGACAUAGAAGUGACCCGUCAAAGGUGGUUCUUCUCCGGGAAGCUGCUCACUGACAAGACUCGACUCCAAGAUGCAAAGAUUCAGAAAGAUUUUGUCGUCCAAGUAAUCGUGAACAUUAACCCAUCUGUCAUAACUAAUUGAGGGGAAAAGAAAUUUUUAAGGAAAGUAAUUAUUUAAAUCACGGAACAAUGAGCCAGAUGGGGCUGCAGGGAUAGGAGUAGGGCCUGACAUGAGUAUCCAGCUUCUAAUGCACUGGAAUUUUGUGUACAAUUGUAUAUAAAUAUAUAAGUUAUUGCUUUUAUAUCGGUCCUUUUUGUAUUUAUCCUUUUCUUUUUUCCCAAAUGAAGUAAAAUUAUUGAAAAGCGCUGAAACACAAGGGUAGCCCUAAAAAUGUUCAUCCCAGCAUCUGUUUCUUUGUGAAGCUCUGUUUUUGACAUGGGUUCUUCUCUUCCUCAUUACUGUUGCUUUGCGGUGAAUGAAACACUUUGCCUAGGGCUCCAAUUAAGGACACUUUUUUUCCUUUUUUGAAAAGUAGAAAGUAAUCAACUUUUUACUAUAAAAUAUUUUUUUUGUUUAUUUAAAGUACUGUGUACAACACCUAAUAACAAUGAAGACAUGGAACAUGAUGAAAGCACCUUUCUGAAAGUGCUUUAUAAAAAUAACGUUUGAUUGAUUGAUUCUAAAGGGAAUCAAAAUGUGAAAAACAAUUAGUAGUUUCAUGUAAAAUAAGCUGUUUUCUGGAUUCAAAUAAAUCUUCAAAACUGUUAA